GCCAUGGUCCGUGCCAGGCACCAGCCCGGCGGGCUCUGCCUGCUGCUGCUGCUGCUCUGUCAGUUCAUGGAAGAUCGCAGCGCCCAGGCUGGGAACUGCUGGCUCCGACAAGCCAAGAACGGCCGCUGCCAGGUCCUCUACAAGACCGAGCUCAGCAAGGAGGAGUGCUGCAGCACCGGCCGCCUCAGCACCUCCUGGACCGAGGAGGACGUCAACGACAACACGCUCUUCAAGUGGAUGAUUUUCAACGGGGGCGCCCCCAACUGCAUCCCUUGUAAAGAAACCUGUGAGAACGUGGACUGUGGGCCCGGAAAGAAAUGCCGCAUGAACAAGAAGAACAAACCCCGCUGUGUCUGCGCCCCGGACUGUUCGAACAUCACCUGGAAGGGCCCCGUGUGCGGGCUGGACGGCAAGACCUACCGCAGCGAGUGCGCGCUCCUCAAGGCCCGGUGCAAAGAGCAGCCGGAGCUGGAAGUCCAGUACCAGGGCAAAUGUAAAAAGACGUGCAGGGAUGUGUUCUGUCCAGGGAGUUCCACGUGUGUGGUGGACCAGACCAACAACGCAUACUGCGUGACCUGUAACCGGCUUUGCCCAGAGCCCUCUUCCGCAGAGCAGUAUCUCUGCGGGAACGACGGCAUCACGUAUUCCAGCGCCUGCCACCUGAGGAAGGCCACCUGCCUGCUGGGCAGGUCCAUUGGCCUAGCCUACGAGGGAAGAUGUAUCAAAGCAAAGUCCUGUGAAGAUAUCCAAUGUGGUGGUGGAAAAAAGUGCCUAUGGGAUUUCAAAGUCGGCAGAGGCCGGUGCUCCCUCUGUGAUGAGCUGUGUCCCGACAGUAAGUCGGAUGAGCCUGUGUGUGCCAGUGAUAAUGCCACGUACGCCAGCGAGUGUGCCAUGAAGGAAGCCGCGUGCUCCUCGGGCACGCUGCUGGAAGUCAAGCACGCUGGACCUUGCAACUGAAUCUGCCCGUAAAACCCGAGCCAUUGAUUCUUCAGAACUUUCUGCAGUUUUGACUUCAUAGAUUAUGUUUUUUUAAAAUAAAUAAAUAAAUAAAUAAAUAAAUAAAUUUAUUGCAUAACAUCAGAUGCCAAAAUCCAAAACAAAACAAACAAACAAACAAAAAAAAAAAAAGCACCACACUGCAGCAAGUCAUAUAGAAAUGCCGAGGCGGUCGUGUGGCUUUGAAAUCAGAGGGCUUUGAAAGCAUACAGUGAGCUGCUUCUCCAUUGCUGUUGUCCACAUUUAAACAACAGCUCCCUGUAUUCCCCAUCUAGCCAUUUCGGAAGAUACCGAGGAAGAGGAGGAGGAUGAAGACCAGGACUACAACUUUCCUAUCUCUUCCAUUCUAGAGUGGUAAACCCUCCUCCAGACAUAGCCUUUGGGCAAAAUGAAAAGAAAAAGAA